AUGCCUUCCGCGCAGCCUCCUCCCAUCCUCGCAAGCUCUUCUGAGCCGUCAUACUCCCCGAUCGCAGCCAGCGCAUCUACGAAUGUGGACGAACGACAUGAUCGCUCUUCCUCCACCCCGACGAACUCGUCCCGACAGGGAGGUGCUAGCGAGAGAGACAAGCCUCGUUUGACGGAGCAGGAAAAGAAGAACAACCAUAUUGCCUCCGAACAGAAACGACGCGCGGCAAUCCGCGAAGGCUUUGACCGGCUCACCGAGCUUGUUCCUGGCCUUGAGGGCCAAGGACGCAGCGAGAGCAUUGUUCUGAAGAAGACGGUCGACUUUAUCCGCCAACAAAUACAGGAGCGUCAGAGCCUUGUUGAAGAAAUUGAACGCAGAGGCGGUCGCGUCGACGACGAUAUGCGACCUUAA